AUGUCACCACCCACAAGAACUAAGGAAUCACAGGCGACCGCAAGAAAUUGUGUUUGUCAUUUUCAGCAGAGAUUUGGAAUGCACAAGGAGCUGCUUUGCGCUACUUCGCCAUUCUUCAAGGCGGCACUCGAGGGCAAAUUUGAAGAAUCAAUUCGUGGUGAAGUAAUUCUGGAGGAUGUGUCCGUUGAAACCUUGGGGCUAUCUAAUGAGUGGAUGUACACCAACAAGAUCAGGGAGGAUCCAUGCCAGGAACAGGGUCUAACGCUCUCGGAUCUGUACAUCAAAGACAAGCCAAGCCAUCGCCAACUGCUCGACGGCUGGCUCCUCGGAGACUAUCUCCCGGUUACCCAGCUCCAAAACUACAUCGCCGACAAGAUGAAAGCUAGGUACACGAAUCGGCCGGUACUUCCCUUUGUGGACUUUGUAUAUUUGUACGAAAAAACCCAACCAGGCUCACCGAUGCGCAAGCUCAUGGUGGAUAUGAGUGUCUGGAAGCAUCGCGGAUCAAACAUUAAACAAACCCCGCGCGAUAUGGCCGCGGACCUAGGCUAG